CUUCUUUCCUCCACCUUCACUCGCACCCCAAUAAACCUACAAGUGUUGGUCCAUUGAACUUCUUUACAAUGGGCGACUCGUAUCGCCCUAUGUUCCCUCCACCUCCUGCGAAAAGCGAUAGCUACCGCCCAACGUCGCAACGACAUUCCGACUCCACAUCGCAUCGUGGCCCGGACACGUACAGACCGUCUGGUCGCAAUGCAUACCGUGACUACAACGUACCUCCGGCUCGUGAUGAUUUCUCCUUCCAGCCUCCCCCAAACGCACCGCGCUUUCCUCCCGCAUCUCAGCAAGAUAUCCCACAACAUCCUCCUCGUCGUCGCGCACCUCGUGGUGCUGGCUUCCGUCGGGGCCAGUACUCUGGUCCUGUAGCGGCCCAUGAUCGCGCGCUACUCCGAAAUAACACCUUGUCUCGCGAUGAGCAGUUCCUUGGAGUUGCAGACGGCGCCUUGAAAUUCAAUGAUCUGGGCGAUUCAACAAGCGAGGAUGAGGACAACGGAGCAUCUGAUUCAGCUGCUGAUCAGCCAGGGCCAGACGCAAAGAAACCGCGCAACCAGUUCAAUCAAGCUGAUGGUGACUCUGUCCCGAAGUGGUCGAAUCCAGACCCGUACACAGCUUUGCCUCCACCAGACGAGUCGUUGAAGAAGAAGAAGGAUGUUGUACAACUGAUCAGAAAAGCCAAAGUCGACCAGGAAAAGACAGCCGACGGAUCUAACGCGGUCAGUCAGAACGUAGACUUCAUAUCUCUCAAUUUCGAUGACGGUGGUAAUGAUGAAGACGACGGCGAAGCGACCGUGUCGGAACAUGAGUCUCCGCCACCUGGAAAGCGACAUACUGGAUCUUUGAAUGACUUUGCCGCAAGACCUGAGUUCGCUAGAGCCCCAGUAGAUGCGCCGAAGAGACCAAGGGCAGCUUCUCCUGCGCCUCAGAAGUCGAAGAAGAGAAAGCUCCGGGCUAAUGAAAUCGAUGGAACCGUUGUCGAGCAGUGGUUACCCAUCAAAGGGCAAGAUUCCACUCCUUGGUGCACCAUAGAUCAUUCUCGGACCGCGGACGUCGGACUUUGGCUCCACAAAGAAAUCUGUGACUUCUACGAGUACGUCCGGCCGCAUGACUUUGAAGCUGAAAUCAGAAAGGAUCUGGUUGACCGGAUAGAGAAGGUGAUUCGCAAAAGACAUGGCAGUUGCCGUCUCAUGGCUUUCGGAUCUUACGCCGCUGGACUGUAUUUGCCUACUGCUGACAUGGACCUCGUCAUGGUGUCCAACUCUUACUAUGACUACGGCCCUCCGGUUUUUGGACGGAGGACUAAGGAUCUCCAUUCACUCCUACAAUAUCUGUUGCACCAAGGCAUAGCCGAGCCUAACGGCGAAGUAAUUCCUAGUGCAAAAGUGCCGAUUAUAAAGUUCAUUGAUCAUCGCACUGGUCUCAAAGUGGACAUGUCCUUUGAGAACAUGAGUGGCGUCACGGCCAACAAAACAUUCUAUGACUGGAGUGAUAAAUACCCUGCGAUGCCAAAGAUUGUGACACUGAUUAAACAUUUCCUGCUGAUGCGCGGGCUGAACGAAGUUUUUCUUGGAGGCAUCGGUGGCUUCACGGUUACUUGUCUUGUGACUCACCUGAUAGCCAGUCUUCCGGCUGUGCAAAGCGGCAACAUGGACCCCAGUCAGCAUCUUGGCGAGAUUCUGCUCGAGUUCUUCGACCUGUAUGGCAACAAAUUCAACUACGAUGGGGUCAUGUUACGAAUGAACCCAAUCAAGUACGAGAAGAAGGGACGAUGCGGCCCAGACGGCAAGCUGACCAAGAAGGAUCGCCUCUGUAUCGUCGAUCCGAAUAAUGAAUCGAACGACAUAUCUGGUGGCUCAAGCAAGAUCCCACUCAUCUUCCGUUUGUUCUCGGACGCUCACCGGGACCUGAAACAGCAUAUGGCUGCGUUGGAGUCGCAAAACGUGGCAGAUCGUAAGCAUAGCAGUAUACUUGGCUGUAUAUUCGCGGGAGAUUACUCGUCAUUUCGUUGGCAGCGUGAUCAUCUGCGCCGGAUAUAUGAGAACAGGUAACUGCUAUCGGCUUAGACUGACCAAUCCAUAUUGAAC